GGCUUUGUCACUGUUGACUUCAACAACGUGCUUCAUACCGACACAUACUGUAGCCACGCCCUCCAAACUGAACAAAACACACAGACGACAGCGCACUCGUCUCACACAGCCCCAGAACCGCACACCGCUUACAAUGACUGAACGAUUCAACCAAAGUCUCAGUCCUUUCAGAUGAUGCCAGUGGAUAUAUUUCGCCCCUCAUUUGAAUGCCUUGGAGCUGUUUGACGUCCGUUUUUUUUUCAAAGCUAUCUGUAUUUUCACUGCUUUCUUUGAAAAUGCCUUUUCCACCCAUCAACCUCCAUCAGCGGAUUUCCUCUCCCGGGAAGGAACUCUUCAGGAAAAAGACAAACCUUGUGCCUAGUCAACCUUUGUUAGGAAACAAAACGAAGGAUGAAAAAGACUCAGAUCGAGAUAGACUGUCCACGUCGUGGCAACUUGGCAGAAAGCCGCAGCAACAGUUGAGUAGGGCUCCCGCUCCCAGAUCGUCUGCUAACGGAGAGACCGAGAGCAGGAAGUCCGGUGUGGCCGUGCCCAGACCACUGGGUAACUCCUGCGACAGCGUCCCGCGGUCUAGUUCCGGGGAGUCCGGCACGCGGAGGAGCCACAAGUACGCCUCGCGGAGUUCGCUCGGCAAGGAGGAAGGGGAAGAGGAGAUUCGUUUCACUCUGAGUCUUACGCCAGAGGCGAUCCUGGUCAUUCAAAAGCGCAAUUUAGAGAAACAGAUGAUGGCCAAGCAGCAGAAAUGCUGUGCGUCGGGGGACUUCAGGCACAGACGGGUUUUCCCUUCUUCUAAGAGGACGCAGGGUGCCUCCAAAAGCACAGUGCCCGUCGCCAAACUAGAGACCCCUGGAGAUGAUAUCAGAACGAUUGUCAAGAUAUCCCUCCUGAACGACCAGUAUAAAUAUGACGACGUCGAGUAUGAGGAGGAGGACGGAGAUGUGGAUGAAACGGUUAUGAGGAAAUGUAAAGAAUGGCUCAAAGGUGUAGAGAGUGCCGCUGCUUUUGGGAAAAUAGACAGACUGUCAUCCCUCCCCCAUUUGAAAAGCUGACAACUGAGUAUUUGUCCGAACUAUGGCCCAAGUCAGAACUGGAGACACUUUUAGUUUACUUAGGCUUAAUGAAUGGUUUAUAAGGCAUCAACGAAAAACGUCACCAACUUAGCUGCCACAGUGGACUGGACUGUUGAGUGGUGUUUUGAUUAAGCUCAUGUCACACGACUGUUAAAACCUCUUGCACACUGCUGUCGUUAUCAUUUGGCUUUUUUUGUGGAAAUGUAAAUGAUUAUAAUAUGUAAUGUGGAAUGGGGUGAGAAUGAAGAAUUACUAAAGUACAGCAGCUAUCCUUCAUCUUCUUGCAUAGAGACACUCUUCCUUUGUGCCAGAGAACAAUAGCGUCCGGAACGGUGUCUGUGCGCCUUAGCGUAUAGGGGACAAAUUAUCUUUUGU